UGUGCUGACGCUGCUGCAUGUAAAAUUAGCUUGCUUGAGCCUUUCAGGGACACCUCUUGCGGACUGCUGGAGCUCACAGUGCAAUAAACAUGGCAGCAGAGCUAUCCACCUCCAUAAACAUCAAGGAGCCCCGGUGGGACCAGAGCACAUUUGUAGGCCGGGCUAAACACUUCUUCACUGUCACAGACCCCAGGAACAUCCUCCUCACCAACGAACAACUAGAAAACGCACAUAAAAUCAUCAGUGACUACAGGAAAGGCAUCGUCUCCCCAGGACUGACGGAGGACGAGCUAUGGAGAGCCAAAUAUAUUUUCGACUCCGCGUUCCAUCCCGAUACCGGGGAGAAGAUGAUCCUGAUCGGCCGCAUGUCAGCGCAGGUCCCCAUGAACAUGACCAUCACUGGAUGCAUGAUGACAUUUUACAAGACGACUCCAGCCGUCGUGUUAUGGCAGUGGAUCAAUCAGUCCUUCAACGCUAUAGUCAAUUACACCAACAGGAGCGGUGAUGCACCCAUCACAGUUAGUCAGCUUGGCACAGCUUAUGUGUCUGCCACCACAGGCGCAGUCGCGACCGCUCUAGGACUAAAUGCACUAACAAAGCACGUCUCUCCCCUGAUUGGACGAUUUGUUCCAUUUGCUGCUGUAGCUGCUGCUAACUGUAUCAACAUCCCACUGAUGAGACAAAGAGAGCUGAAACACGGCAUUCCCAUAACAGACGAGAAUGACAACAGGUUAGGGGAGUCGACGAAAGCUGCCCAGCAGGCCAUCUCUCAGGUCGUGGUCUCACGGAUCCUCAUGGCGUCUCCAGGAAUGGCUAUCCCCCCAUUUUUAAUGAACCAUUUGGAGAAGAAGGCCUUUCUGAAGAGGUUCCCAUGGAUGAGUGCACCUAUUCAAGUCAGCCUGGUGGGAUUCUGCUUGGUGUUCGCCACCCCGCUGUGCUGUGCAUUGUUCCCUCAAAAGAGCUCCAUGUCAGUAAGCCGUCUGGAGCCAGAGCUGCAGGAGAAAAUCCGGGCGAGCCACCCAGGAGUGGAGAGGGUCUACUUCAACAAAGGGCUAUGAGUGUCCAGCCCCCUCAUCCAAACACUGCCAUACGUAGCUGCAGGCUCGACCCUCGCCUCUCUGCCAGCCCUCCUCAUUCAGUGUGCCAAAGUUAAGUUUGCUUCUCCUCAUAUCCCGGGAUCCCCUCCCUCAGUCUUUUUGUAACGAGAUGUCUGCUUUUGUCAAUGUGAUUGUCGAUUUAUUUUACUCGCUAGAGAAGAUCAUUCUCAUACCGGGUUUGAUGAAAAUGUUUAUCAACACAGUUAUAGUGGCCUGUAUAAGAGAGUGUUUAAGUGGAUGUUCUCUUUUAUUCCUGUGCAGUAUCCUUUUUUUAAGUUUGUGACUUGUUGAUCAUAUGUUGCUGCCAAACCAUUUUCAUACUCUCCAACCGAGUGUUGUGUUCAGCCGGGAACAAAACUGGCAGGCAGUGUAUUCCUGACCUGCGUUUAUCAGUAAUCACAAAUUAACAUCGAUUUCUCAGAGAUUUACUCCGCAGUUCAUGCAUUUGCCAAAUUUCUGCUGUGAUGUUGUGGGACCUCUCAACGAUUACAACCUCCUACUCAUAACAGUGCCAUUAGCAAAGAAUGGCUUACAGCUAUGUUCAUUGAGUUCAUUUUGCCAAAUGAGCGACGCUCAGCAAGCCUCAAGGCAUUUCUGACUACUGAUCAUGGAUCUGAAAAUAACCAGGGAUGCUCCCUAUAAAAUGUGAUGCUAUGAUGGUGACAACCACUGGUGGGCCACGGUGCUAUCUGAUAUCUUAAUCUAAUCAGUGUUUAUCAUACGGCUUAUUCUGCUUGCCAAACAUGCAUGAACAAACCACUCCUCAUAAGUGUGUCACGGCACACGACCAUGGACUUCAACAAAGACAGUGAAAUAAUCUCUGUGUAUCUACUCAUAUCAAGACUACGUUCAGAAGCUUGGGCAGUUGGAAAAUAUAGUGUUGUUGGUCGUUUUUCUUUUUUGUUUUGACAGAACACUGGCUUUUUAGUUCCUGUAUCUCCUUUUCUUUCUGACGUGCUUUUUUUCCUUCCAAAUAUCAACAGCUCAUUCUUGCCUUAAUUUGAGUUAAUACCACACACUGUUUUCUGGUAUCUGGUAUCCCUUUUUAUCUGAAAUAGUGUUUUCUGUACCUCUAUGCAGCAUCCCAAGAGGCAGUAUUAUUAUAGCACAAAGGAUCACAUCUGAGAUGGUUAUAUCACUGGGAGGGAUUUCCGAGAUUUUCCAGGUUAUCGUGCAUUUUUUUUUUUUUUGUACAUUUGGGAGCUUGUGGAAGUUAUGGAUAAGUGCACAAUAGGUACCGACUUUAUCAGUGAUGGGAAAUGAUGCCGAAUAAUGCUCUUGAGGUAAUAAUUCCGUUCAAGGCAAGGAAGAGAUGGGAUCCAUGUGUCCAAAUUUGUGUUUUAAGUUGGACUUGAGCCAAGAGCACAACAGUUAGGAUCAUGAACGCUACCAGCUAAAAGGGUGAAUUAUCCUCAACCUUUAGUAUUUUUUCAUAUUUUCCUUUGUUAACAGGGAGAUACACUGUAUGUUGGCAACGUUAAACCUCAGAACCUUCAGUUACAUCGGUAUAUGUUAGGACGGGUGAGCUGAAAAAGCUGGUGCAUAAUAAUGGAAGCUCACCAGUCUGAUGUCAUUAUGUUUAAUUUUAUUUUUAUGGUAACAGCAUUCUUGCAUGUUUGGACACAGAGGAAGAGUUGGAGCAACCUCUGGGCGUGUUUUGUGCUGUGGGAUUGGCUUGAGAGCCAGAUGGCAUUUCACUAACAGGCCAUCUCUUUGCACCUGUUCUAUCGGUGUGUAACAACAGUGUCGCAUCCAUUGCUAUUUAAUCAUGAGAACUUGAAUUCAAGGCUGAUUUCAUAUCUUAGUGACAAUACUGACAUGCCAGAUUCACUCUAAAUCAUUGGCCAUCUUUAAAAUCAGGGACAAUAAUGAAAAGGGUAAACUACAAGCCACAAAAGUCACAGGCAGCACUGGCCAGUCUAGCUUUUGCAACUUUUAAAAUAACUUUAAGGACCUGACCAGUGAUGAAAAUAUUUAGUCCUAUUAAUUUGUAGGGUUUAUUAAGUACAAAUCUUUAUUUUUUUUUUUUAAAUGCUUGUGAACAUUGAUUUGUAUGAUUACAUUGCAUCUUUUGCGCAUCACAGUCUGUGAUUUUUGUAAGGUGUUCAAUGUUAAAGUAUAAAAGGUAUAUCUUUACGUAUAUAGCUGUUUAGGUAAUUUUAUUUUAGACUGUCAGUGUUUUCUGAGAAAUCCCACAGACCUGGAGCUGUUCCCUAGAGUAGCUCGUUUGAAGUGAAGCUUGUUAUUCUAGUGUUAUUGGUAACUGAAUGUAGCAUUUUCAAGUGAAGUUGCUAUUCUUACACACAGCAAUGCUCUGUUUAAUACUAUUGAUUAUUACACUAUAGAUCCAUGAAAGCACAAUGUCAUAACAGAUUUUAGAUGCUGCAAAUUUGUAAAUCUCCUGUCAGAUCUAUUCAGUUUACUAACCACACGGCUCUUAUGUUUAUCCUUAUUAAGUGAGGGAAUAGGACAAGAUUGAAUUGAAGGCAGAUACAAGAUUUGGCUUUUUGGUGGCCAUCACCAGGAUUUUUUUUCAGUGUCCCUUCACCUCUAACUGCAUAUAACAAAGUAAUUCCUGAUAACCCUGCUCAAAUAUACAUAAAACUAACUCUGAAAUAAGAAAUGUUCCACAGGCCUUCAAUCGACCAAAUCAACUGAAGUGUCACUCUAGCCAAAGCGAUACAAAUCUACUCAAGAGGAAUAAGUCAUUUUACAGUUUACAUUAAUUGAAAUGAAUAUUUUUUUUAAAGAGGAUAUUAUGAGAAAAAGAUAUUUAAUUGUUUUGCUUUACGUUGGGGUGGUGUAAUAUUUCGACUAACUGGAUGAAAUAAAGUUAAUGAA